CGUCAAAACGAAGUUCUCAAUCAAUGCGAAUAUGUAACAAGCGCGUUUUUCGGUUUUCGGUUUUUAUUCAAAAUCACUUAAAUUUCGCGACAAAGUGUGAUCUAAACAUGUCUAUCUUGUUACGAAGUUUUCGCCAGCUGGCGAUCCGCAGCAGCAUACAGCUGCCGGUCCUCACCAGCCCUGCAAUUACCAGCAAUCAGCUACACACGAGCAGCAACCUCUCGAAAAAUUGGAACGGACGAAACACCGGCCCUCGUCGAUGGUUAGAGUACAACAAGGUAAUUUAUCCGCCACAAACCCCUGAGGAGGCUCCACGACCCGCCUUCGUGUGCCACCAAAAGACGAACAUAAAGUACAGCCCGAAGAAAAUGUGGUACGUUGCCAGCUUCAUUCGAGGGAUGACCGUCGACGAGGCGCUGAAGCAACUUUCCUUCAUCGACAAAAAAGGAGCCUCGGCGGUAAAAGAAACCAUCCUGGAGGCGAUCGAUAUGGCCGUCAGCCGGCAUAACGUCGAGUUUCGAUCGAACCUCUGGGUUGCGGAGUCAUUCUGCGGCAAGGGUCCCGUUUUUAAAGGUUUCCGCCGGCAUGGGCGCGGUCGCUUCGGUCAGGUGGAGUACAAACACUGUCACUAUUUUGUCCGGCUCGAGGAGGGUAACCCACCGGAGCACUACUACGUGGGCCGGGAGCCAAAGAGUGGUGAACAGCUGCUGGACCAAUGGCUGGAAGGAAUGCGGAAGCGGAAGGUUAUCAAUUCGCUGUAGGUUGAUUGGAUGAUUUUGAAUAAACGAUUAGUUGAGAAUUA